GAGGACGGCCCACGUGUCUCCCCAGAGUCCGGCCUUGAGUUCCCCCAGCUACUUUUACCCCCGCGAGCCAGGGCGCCCCCUUGCCCCCCGCUUGGUGUCCGUCCGCCCCCACCUCCGCCCGCCUGCGGGAGCAACGCUUCGUACAGUUACCCGCGCUUGGUGGGCCAAUUUGAAGGAGCAACUUUGUCCGGGGAGCGGCGCCGGGGGGUGGGGGGAAUAGGGCACUGCGCAUGCGGAGCUCCAAAUUCAAACAGCUGUUUCCAGAGGCUGGAGGGCGCGUGGACCCGGAGCCGCUGGGGCUAGGGGAGGCUUUCUCCAGGAGGCGGCCGCUCAGGAGCCAUGGUGGACCGGGGCCCACUGCUCACCUCGGCCAUCAUCUUCUACCUGGCCAUCGGGGCAGCGAUCUUCGAGGUGCUCGAGGAGCCGCACUGGAAAGAGGCCAAGAAAAACUACUAUACACAGAAACUGCAUCUGCUCAAGGAGUUCCCGUGCCUGGGCCAGGAGGGCCUGGACAAGAUCUUACAGGUAGUAUCUGAUGCUGCAGGACAGGGCGUGGCCAUUACAGGGAAUCAGACGUUCAACAACUGGAACUGGCCUAAUGCAAUGAUUUUUGCCGCCACGGUCAUUACUACCAUUGGCUAUGGCAAUGUGGCCCCCAAGACCCCUGCCGGGCGCCUCUUCUGUGUCUUCUAUGGUCUCUUUGGGGUGCCGCUCUGCCUGACGUGGAUCAGUGCCCUGGGCAAGUUCUUCGGGGGACGUGCCAAGAGGCUGGGCCAGUUCCUCACCAAGAGAGGCGUAAGCCUGCGGCAGGCGCAGAUCACGUGCACGGCCAUCUUCAUUGUAUGGGGCGUCCUGGUCCACCUGGUGAUUCCGCCCUUCGUGUUCAUGGUGACCGAGGAAUGGGACUACAUCGAGGGCCUCUACUACUCCUUCAUCACCAUCUCCACCAUCGGCUUCGGCGACUUUGUGGCUGGUGUGAACCCCAGCGCCAACUACCACGCCUUGUACCGCUACUUUGUGGAGCUCUGGAUCUACCUGGGGCUGGCCUGGCUUUCCCUCUUUGUCAACUGGAAGGUGAGCAUGUUCGUGGAGGUCCACAAGGCCAUCAAGAAGCGGCGGCGGCGGCGGAAGGAGUCCUUUGAGAGCUCCCCACACUCCAAAAAGGCUCUGCAGAUGACUGGGAGUACGGCGUCCAAGGACGUCAACAUCUUCAGCUUUCUGUCCAAGAAGGAGGAGACCUACAAUGACCUCAUCAAGCAGAUCGGGAAGAAGGCAAUGAAGACGAGUGGGGCUGGGGAGAGGGUCCCAGCACAGGGGCUGGGGCCUCAGGGGGGUGGGCUGCCAGCCCUCCCCACUUCCCUGUCCCCCCUGGUGGUUUACUCCAAGAACCGGGUGCCCAGCUUGGAAGAGGUGUCUCAGACGCUGAAGAGCAAAGGCCAUGUGUCGCGGCCCCCCAGCGACGAGGCCGGGGCAGGGCCCCCCAAGGAAGGCUCCCCGACCUCCGAGGUGUUCAUUAACCAGCUGGAUCGAAUCAGCGAGGAGGGUGAGCCAUGGGACGCCCAGGACUACCACCCGCUCAUCUUCCAGAACGUCAGCAUCACCUUUGCGGACGAGGAGGCCGGCCUCUCGGACGAAGAGACAUCCAAGUCCUCCAUAGAGGACAACCUGGCUGGGGAGGAGAGGCCCCAGGAGGGGGCCGAAGCUGAGGUGCCCCUGAACCUGGGCGAGUUCCCCUCGUCGGACGAGUCCACCUUCACCAGCACUGAGUCUGAGCUCUCUGUGCCUUACGAACAGCUUAUGAACGAGUACAGUCAGUCCGACUGCCCCAGAGGCACGUGAGGCAGGGCCGGCUCCCCACCCCACCUCCGAUGGCUUCUGUUCCCCUCAUCCUGGGGCAUCCUACUACAGCUGGGACCUCUGGCCCCUGGUGGGGGGCAGCCCUGGAACUGGGAGUGGGGGGCCAGGGGCCUUCCUCACCUUCCAUCCCCUCCGGCUAGAUGCUACGGGUCAAACUCAGCGUGCGCCCAGGACAGGGCCUCGGUUCUCUGGCUGAAUGGGCACCCUGGCAGUGGGAGGCGUCUGGCCUGAGUAUGGCUGGUGUAUUUGAUGGUUCAGAGACAUGUAUGGGCUGGCAGGUGACCCUCCGGGGGGAGGCCUGCACCUGCAUGGGUCUUCGGACGUCCUUCGGUUGAGCAUUUCACACGGUUCUCUUAGGCUUGGGGCCCCGGCCGUUUGAGUUCACCAGUAUUAAUGAGCUCCUGUGUGCCCAGCACGGAGCUAGCUAUUUCAGAAAGAGAGGAGGGAGGGCACUGUGAGCCCUGGGUCCUGCCUUUGCAGGAGGUACAGCAAUGGUGUGGGGGCACUGAGCACUUCAGCUCCUCAGCAAAUAGCAGGGUGCUGUGUGGGGUGCAUGUAUAAGCAUCCCCCAACCCCACCUUGUCUGCCUAUCAGGCCCUACUGCAAAGCCCAGUAGGGAAGAGGCGCCCAGGGGAAGGGAAAGGGGAGAUCCUAGGCUGAUGCUGAAACACUCCUAUCCUAAUACACAGGACCUGAGCAAGCUCUGAGUUGGCCCAGGGUCCUAGGCCUUCUGGUUUUGCUCAGACCAAGCCACCCGGAGCCCAGUUCCCUGACUCACCCUUUGGCCAGGUGAUGGCAGAGGCAGGCUUUCUCCCUCCCUGGGAAAGCUGCGGGAAGAGAGGGUAGCGGUAGCCAGGGAGCUGCAGGAGGAAGCUCAGCUCUGGUUCCUUCUGUCCCCAGCCUCCCCUGUGCCCCAAACAAGGACCUCAUGGCUCCCUGGCCCUCGUGGCCCCCAUGGUGGGGGAGGCCGAGUCGCUCUUGGCUUACACGUGGGAUGGGCCAAAGAUGUGAAUCUGCUCCCCUGCUGCAGCCACGGUUUGGCAUUUGUGUCCGCAGGUGCGCAUGUGUGUUUAAGAAAAGACUGGGGACACGGGGAGCAAAUGAUAAUGUGAAACUGUAUACAGACUGUUUCUGGUGAGGGGCCGGCAGAGUUCUCGGGGUCUCCGCGAUACGCACCCUUAGGGCCAGCCCUCUCUGCCCUGUAUGUUUUGUUAUUUUUUAAAUAAACUGCUGUUUUGAUA